AUACAAUAUAUUGCAAUAGCUAUUUAUUCUUUAAUUUUUAUGAAUUAUAUAUAAACUGCUCGUGUUAAACUGUUAUAAAUGUUCGAUCAAAUAUUUCACUAUAUGAUUAAUAAAUAAUAAUAAUUAAUUCGAAAUCAUGAGUAACCUCCGACUAUUGAAAAAAUUAUACAGUACCGUCGUAAAUACAAAUCAAAAUUUAAGCCGAUUCACAUUACCAGAACGUUUGCGAGGUACGUUUGUCGAACGUUGGAAGCAAUACUGGGAAAGCGUUGCAAAAGAUUAUUAUGAAUCGACAAUGGGCAUUGGGACUUAUGUAAAAGAAAAUCCUAUCAAAAGCUCGUUAGCAACUGUAAUUACAGGUUGUGCCUAUUAUUGUGCAUCGACAAACCCCGACGAAUAUAGUUACAGAUCUGAAUUUAUUGAUUGUACUAACUCCAUGUUGUAUGUUCCACCUACUGUACGAAAUCCGUCUACAGUCAAACAGUUGGAAUAUUUAGAAAAAUGUUACAAUAUGGGCAUCGUGAAAAGGCUUAAUUUAAUGUUGUUUUCAGUUAUGUGGAUUGAUGAAUUUAAUGAUGACAUCCAAGCAUACAAGGCAAAUUGUAAAUAUUUAAAACCAUCAAUAUUUUCAGUACACAAACGAGCAAUAGAUAUUGGAUUUUUGAAUACUUGGUGGAAUCUAGAAAAAAUCAUGGUCGAUUACGAUGUAAAUCCUGAGGAAUGGAAAGAUUACAUAGAACCAGAGUAAUUAUAUUAAUUUAUAACUUGUUCAAAUUUUUGUUUAGUUUAACUUUAUUUUUGUUAAAAUUAAAUAUUUUUACUAUAGGAUUUCAAUACUUAGUAUAUUUUUAUUUUAAUCCUUAUUUUAAUUAAAGCUCUUAUCAAAAUAUAAAUUUAUAAAUUACUUUUUAAAAAAAUUAGAUUGGCCAGGUACAUAAAAAAAAAAAAAUUAUCAAGAUUAUAG